AGCCGGCGUAGAGCUUACCCCGUAAGGUAUGUUCGCUGCAAGUUCACGAGUCGCGACACUCAAUCAACAUCUCACUACAAGGUGACCAGCUCAAUCUCUCAACCGCAAUGAGCCUCAGAAGGACGUUUCAUUUCGCAUCUCUCCACCGAUUCUCACUAAUUGUCGCCGCGCAGUACUGGCACUUCCCCAGCAUGGCCUGAUCCCAGCCCUUGUCGGUCCUGCGUCCAUCAAAGCGAACAAUGAACACGCAGUGUACAGAACAAGGCUUACCGUGCUUAGGCUGCCCAAUGGGCCCUCUGUUCGGCUUUGGACAACGGCCAAGUGUCCUGGCUCUUGUUGUUCUUCGUUGUUCGUCUUCGGUCACAGCGAACAACCAUGUCGAAACACUGGCUCGAACCCCCCUGUGAUGUAGUGAUACUUAAGUAGACCUCGAGGUCGAAAAGAGUUCGAGUCCAGCAUGCCCGACUCGAAUUGUUAGACACUCGACAUGCCACACGAAUACAUCUCCUCUCGUCGCUACUCAAGUGGGUUUGUCGACACUGACCCUCGUCGUCGCUCCCGUCGUAGUCGCGCGUUCGACUGUUGCUUGCCCCUUGCCCCUCGCGCAAAGCCCAAGUACGAAGAACGGGACUAUGACUAUCUGCCUACGCACGGCGUGUAUGUCAUGAAGGACCCCAGGAGUCGAGAUCCCGAGGAUUGCCAGUGCACAUGCUGCCCGCACUCGUAUGCCGGCGCGCGACGAGCGUCGCAGGAUGAGACUACUUCGAGAAACGACUCCGGCAGGAACACGUACGAUACGCGCUAUCGAUCUUAUGUACCAUCGAAGCGCCAGUCCUGGAAAAAGUCCUCGCGUGAUGAAGAUACUUUGUACUCGCCGGCCGAGCCUGAGUAUGCAACAGACAAGCAUGACAGGCUGGCCGAGCCACGCUGGGCAACCUCAUCUACGUCGAUUGCGGUGGUGAAUGACACGUACGGCUCCGUCCGGCGCCGCCAUGGAAGCUACUGGCGAUUAGGACUGUCGCCCAAUCAGACAGUGCGUCAAAUACUUGCUGAUCUGAUCAGUGACCCGAAACGGUACAAGGUCAUCGUGCACUGGGAUGACGGGCAGAAGGAGACUCUGACGGAGCGGAUUCCGAUGUCCGAGUUGAGGGAGUUUGGCCACUAUCUCGAGGUGGUUCUUCGGGAGCAGAAGCGAGUGCGUUUCGCGCCGCUGCCGUCACGCAGACACGGAUAGAAGGGAAAUGGCGGCCUGCUGGACAGGCUGUCUGUGGCGGAGAUUCCAUGGGCUCAUUGCGUGGGAGUUUUCGUUCCUGAUUAUUAACAAUACAUG